AUUCAGGAUGAAAUUAAGGCUCUCGUUCAGCUUCAGAACCGCCAGAGCAGUGUUCACCCACAAACAGAGUUCACUCCAACUCCACUGACCAAAACUACCACAAACACAAAGGGAUACAUUUUCCCUAUCACUCCCAGUGACUGUGCAAUUCUUCAAAAUGUGCACAGUGAUAAUGACAAUGAUAGCCUAGCAGCCCCUAUCUGUACUCCUGUUAGCUCCCCUUCACCUCCACCUGCCCGAUCAGGGACCAACAACCAUGGGGAGGAGCGAGCCAUCACAGUGCUCAGCAGUGGAUAUGGAACCCUGUCUGCCUGGGAAACUGGUGUAGAACCUGCUGAGUCUCCAGGGAGUAUGGACAAGGACUGGGAGGAUGGUCAAGAAAGGAAGAAGCAUCAGUGGGUCAUGAAUCUCCAGGAAGACACAGAAACAACUGUUCCUGGUUACCAGCAGAAUUCUACCAGUGAGAGGACCAUCAGAGUGGAUGAACCUAAACCAACAGUAAACCAGAAGAAUGCAUCAGGCACAAGCCAACAGCUGACCUCUUGGGCACAAAGGCAGAAACUUAGACCCAAGAAGAACAAAACAGGACAAGCUUCAGCACAAAUCCCUGAGUACCAGGAGCAGUCUGUCAGCCCCAGAGAACCCACUCCAUUUACCCUACUGGACAACACAGACUCUCAUGACCAGGUCUUACUUAUUGGCGUCUGAAUGAGUGUGAACUGUAUCGGCAGCUACCGGACAGCUUUGACAGUGGAGCUUUUCUUCUUCUGCAUGAAGCCUCCACGAGUCUCAGUUCAUCUCAGGAGCCUAGGGUAUCCCUCAGAGAGAUGUAUCAAAACAAGCAAAGAGAUUAUAAACAAACUGAAUGGGAAGAAUCUGCUGCUUCCAGUCCUUCAUCACCACAGAUGAUGACUUUGGACCUGGCAGCUAACAUGCAGCAGUCAGAUCAAACGUCCGGCUUCACUUCACCCUCUCACUUCAGCAGCCCGUCAUGUCCUGCCCAGGUUCAUCUCUACUCUCAAGCCAGGACGUCACUAACCCCUGACAGCAUGGUGGAGGGCAGUCCUAAAACUGGAAACACAGACUGCAUUUCUGAUACCUCUAGUGUUUCUGCUGCCGGACCUUUGCCCACUAAAAUGCAAACUUUGCGGACUGCACAAGAACUGCUCUCUACUACUAGGGAUAAAACCCAGUUGUCCCACUCAACCAGCCAGCAGAACAGAGCCAACGUCCCCUUAAACAGUGAAGAAAAUAGAAGUCGCACCCACACCACCACCCUGAAACCCUGCUUGGUUUCUGGUACUUCUCUGCAGCCUGCAGUCAGUUCACAAAUGGAGAGUUCAACAUCACUAGAGGAUCCUGUUAUUCUUUCUCUGUUGAGGCAGAACCUCAGAGAGAAGCAUUCUCGACACGUAGCUGACCUGAAGGCUUAUUAUGAGUCUGAGAUCCAACACCUGCGAGGCAAACUCAAAGUUUUGCCCCAGAGUUUAGAGGAAAACAAUCGAGCACUAGCAGAAAGGUGCCAAGAUCUAGAAAAAGCUCUAGCUGACACCAAAAGCCACAUUCAAGAACUGGAAACUACCAACACCUUGCUGGAGAAAAAACUGUCAGAAUGGCCGGAGCGCUAUGCUGUAGCAGGUGCAGCUGUGAGUUCGUUGCAGCAGCAGCUGGAAGAGAGCAAACGUUCAGGCAAAGAGAAAGAUGCUGUUGCUGCUCAUUUGAAGACCCGUAUUUGGCAGCUGGAGAGGGGGGUGCAGAAAGCCUGCAGGGAGGCUGAGGACAAGGAGGCGAGGAGGGAGAGAGAGUACAACAUGAUGCAAGACCUUCUCAGAGAACACAACUGUUUGAAGAAAGAGCACGAGGUAGUGAAGAACAGCCUUAUAUCUACAGAAAACAAGCUUGUUGAUGCAAACAAUCACAUAUCAGAGUUAAAAAGAGUCAUCUACAAGCUGGAAUCUCAGGUGAAGCAGUUUGACCAUGAGAACCAGGCUAGGAUUCGUUACACUUCCCACAAUAACACGCAACCCACUGGAGCAGGAUUUUUCCACCAUCCAGACUUGAUGCUGUCACCCAGUAAAAACAAGACAGAACCAGAUGUCACCAGAAGGAGGUCUCCUUGUUCUCUGACUGAACAGAUUAAUGGAGGCAGAAAAUCACCAUUUCUUCAAACCAACCAAUCAAUUGUCCACAAGAGAUUGUCAUAUUCUCUAAGUGAUGGUUCAUCAGGAACAGGAAGUACUGUGGAUGCCCCUCUUGGAGGGAACUGGAGGUGUGCAUCUCCUCCAGAGUGUGAACAGAUUCUGCCUCAGGUCAGACUCCAGGAGGAGAGUUCUACCCAGAAGGAGGCAAGUCAGAGAGAGGGAUCCAGCCCUCUGACGCCCAUGAUGAAGGCCCUGAUAGAGCUAGAAGAGACCAAAGCUACAGAAAGCCGAGCACCUUGGGUCAGCCAGCAGAGGACCACUGUUGGGUUUGUGGAACGAAAACACAAAGAGCUAAUUCACAAACAAGAAGAACAUCUUCAGGCAAAAACAGAUGUGGUGAAACCAGGAGGUGAUGUAGCUGGACCUGAGCAACGAGUUCUGAGAGCAGCAUCUCCGCUGACAGCUCGGAGGAGUCUGUCUCCAGAGGGCCACAGAUCGUCCUCACUUCCUCCACAUCGGAACAUAGCCACAGUCACACCCACAAAGAGAGAAAUGUUACUCACAACUCCAUCUCCCAAGUCCAGCCCAAAACGCUGCCCCACUGAGAAUUACUCCACUGCUUUUGGUCACCUGAUGCCACGAGAACAAUACCUGCUCCACAGGCUUGAUGGAGAAGUUGAUAAGAGACGUCACUCGUUUCACAGCAGCAGUCCCAGGAAGAGACUCCAGUUCACUUCAGCACACAAAGAUGAUCUGCAGGAGACAGAGUCCUCAGGCUGUGGGAAGUCCCUGGAUGGUACCCCCCAGCUGGGGUGGGAGAAGCAGAAAGACUGUAUUGUACCUGACCUGCAGGACCCCUCAGAGGACCUGGGUUUGCUGAGACCUCAGUCCCUGUCAGAGGCAGAGAGGCUGUUUGAUGAGCUGACACAGGAAAAACUGCAGGUGGCCUUUGAGAAACGUCUGGAGCGACUGAAUCAUGAUCUGGGAUCACUCCGAAUGACUCUGAAGAGAUUUCAUGUCCUCCGCUCUUCUGUCAACACGUAGCAGUGACUUCCUGUCUGACUGUUUGUUUGUCUGAUUGUCUGUUUGUCUGACUGUCUGUUUGUCUGACUGUCUGUCUGUCUGUUUGUCUGACUGUCUGUUUGUCUGUUUGUCUGACUGUCUGUUUGUCUGAUUGUCUGUCUGCUCACAACAGCUUCUGAUCAAACUGAGGGACUGUUUCAUUUGAAAUGUCAAACAUUUUGAAACUGUUUCAGGUGAUUUGACUGCAUGUUGCACAUGCUGUAUACACAACCACACACAGCCACACACAACCACACACAACCACACACAGCCACACACAACCACACACAACCACACACAG